AUGGUUCUAGAGAGACAUGCCUGCCCGGUCAGGCCAUGCAUGACUAAAUGUAAUUUGAAUUGGAAAGAUGCCGAUGGCUGUGCUGUCUGUACUACUUGCAACUGUGGCAGGCAAAACAGCAGCGUCAACUCGGCAUCAAUAUCGUGGCAACAACAUUGCAUUCUCAGCAUCAACUCUGGCGGCAAUAUCGAUACCUGCAACAUCAUCGGCAACAACUACCUAAACAACUAUAAUAUUAGCAACUACACUGACAAUCACAAAGACGCCAUUGUCAACAACAGCCUCUCCACCGACAACGGCUACAGCAACGAUUCCAACAAUAACGUCAAUAUCAAAAGCGACAGCAACAAAAACAUCCGCAACCACAUCAACAACGGCACUGUAAACAACAGCAGUCGUAUUAUCAGUGUCAUCAACAGCAGCAGCAGUGUCAAUAAUCAAAUCGCGUGCAAAGUCCACAAAACUUUACAACUAUCGAAUGUUACGAACGCUUUCGCAGGGAUCAAACUGCUAAAAAAACCCUGCGCAGUGGUCAGGGGCCAAUGCUUAUUUUCAACUGGACUAUAA